AUGGGAGCAUUGCUUUCCAAUGAAACGCGAGAUCUGCUGUGGAACGCUAGCGUAUACGUGUUUGAGGACGAUCCUAUCGCAUUUUACAGAGGAUACCCGAGACUGGGUUCUGACAAGCAAUUUUAUGCUGUCUGUGUCCUAUACUGGGAGUUUCGUGGUGAACCUUUCCACUGCGGCAAAGUGAUGUGGAACGGAAGAUCAUCUCGCGCAAAGGAAAUUACUCUAGAACAAUUCAGAUCCUUCUAUGAAAGAUGUAGUGAGCUUCCUCUGCUACCUCUGGAUUUGAAGAAACGACCAGUCAAGGAUAAUUGA